CGGACGGACACGGUUCCGUGCCCCCCCACCGGCCCGACGGCUGCCAGGCCGCGAGCGACGUGGCGCGCGGGCUCCGCUCGUGUGUCAGACCAAACGUACUUCCUUCCUUGGGAGGACUGUGCUGGACCACGGGACUCCACUCGGCGACUCCUGUUCUGUCUGUCAGGAGACGUGAGGGCGCAGAGCAGGAGAAGACGAGGUAAGAAGAGGCGGCGACGUCUCCGCCCUUCUCCCCCACGCCGCCGCCGCCGCCGCCGCCGCCCAACCGCCCGAAGUCAGGCCGUCCAAUUUGCGCCGACGAAUAUAUAUCCCCGUCUAAAGCAGAUGUCUCUGGCUGAGGCCUCAGAGCGUCGUCCCAAUUGCCAGAUCAAGAUUGGUUGAAAUGGCCACUUUUGUGUACACACACACUAUGCAGUAUACUAGUAUAACUCAUCGGCUUCAGGGUGUCAUUGGGAGAGAGUGAGCAUGAGUGGCCCGAGGCAAGGCUCGUCGCAGCCGCAGUUUAUGACUAGCGUCGGGCAGAACAAUAACCUCUCGAAUGGACCGGGGACUCCUCUCAUUGACAGCAUAGAUGUUGAUCAGAUUGUUAUCCCUGAGAAAAAUAGCUGGAAGAACUUAUUUUCAUACAUAGGGCCCGGUUUUCUCGUCUCUAUCGCUUAUAUUGAUCCUGGCAAUUUUGAGACGGACCUACAGGCUGGAGCACAAUACAAAUAUGAGCUUCUUUGGAUCAUACUUAUCGCGUCAUGUGCUGCACUUGUCAUUCAAUCACUUGCAGCCAGCCUUGGGGUUGUGACUGGGAAGCAUCUUGCUGAGCACUGCAGGGCUGAAUAUCCCAAGGUCACAAAUUUCAUCUUAUGGAUUCUUGCAGAACUGGCUGUAGUUGCGUGCGACAUUCCUGAAGUAAUUGGAACCGCUUUCGCUUUGAACAUGCUCUUCAAAAUUCCGAUAUGGUGUGGUGUUCUCAUAACUGGGCUCAGCACUCUGAUGCUCCUGUUCCUGCAACAAUAUGGGGUCCGUAAACUGGAAUUUCUGAUAGCAUUUUUGGUAUUCUUGAUAGCAACUUGCUUCUUAGUUGAACUUGGGUAUUCUAAACCAAAUUCUUCAGAAGUUGUGCGAGGCCUUUUUGUUCCUGAAAUUAAAGGAGAUGGAGCUACAGGUCUUGCUAUCUCACUACUUGGUGCUAUGGUGAUGCCGCACAAUCUUUUUCUCCACUCAGCAUUGGUACUAUCAAGAAAAGUACCACGAUCAGUUCAUGGGAUCAAAGAGGCCUGUAGAUUCUAUAUGAUUGAAAGUGCAUUUGCCCUCACAGUAGCCUUUCUGAUCAACAUCUCUAUCAUAUCUGUUAGUGGUGCUGUUUGCAGUGCAGAUAAUUUGAACCCUGAAGACCGGAUGAAUUGCAAUGAUCUAGAUCUUAACAAAGCUUCAUUCUUGUUAAAGAAUGUCCUCGGAAAUUGGAGCUCAAAGGUGUUCUCUAUUGCCUUAUUGGCAUCUGGCCAGAGUUCUACGAUUACAGGAACUUAUGCAGGACAAUAUGUCAUGCAGGGGUUUCUGGAUCUUCGGAUGACACCCUGGUUACGAAACCUUCUAACUAGGUCCCUGGCAAUUGUGCCUAGUCUGAUUGUGUCACUAAUUGGCGGUUCCUCAGCAGCUGGGAAGUUGAUUAUCAUUGCAUCAAUGAUCCUGUCAUUUGAACUUCCUUUUGCUCUGGUACCGCUCCUUAAAUUCACCAGCAGCAAAACAAAGAUGGGGCCACACACAAAUUCAAGAUUCAUUUCCGUGCUCACAUGGGCGAUCGGCUCCUUCAUCAUGGUCAUCAACAUCUACUUCCUGAUAACGAGCUUCGUCAGGCUGCUUCUUCACAGCGGACUAUCCACCGUCUCCCAGGUGUUCUCCGGGAUAUUUGGGUUCCUCGGCAUGCUGAUAUACAUCGCCGCGAUCCUCUACCUCGUCUUCAGGAAGAACAGGAAGUGUACCUUGCCGUUGCUCGAGUGCGACGCGAAGCUUGGGGACGCAGGCCACACCGAGGGAGAAGGUUCUCUGGGUCAUCUUCCGCGAGAGGACAUCUCCAGCAUGCAGCUUCCUCAUCAGCGCCCUGCGUCUGAUUUGGACUAGCCGAAGUAGCCGCAGCGAGGAAACUAGAUAUGUUUGUGGUCAUGGUGAUGAUGCAGUAGCUGCAUAACUGAAGAAGUUAGGUGUCAUCCGGUAUUGAUGUAGAUAACCGAAGUGAUUUUAUAGUGGCCGAAUUAAAAUCUUUCUUGCGGAAAUGGAUAGUUGGUAUAGUUGCCAAUAACUUUCGAUGGUACUAUCGAUUGGAGACAAGUGGGUCUAUAUUAUAUCUAGAAAGAGAAAAAGAAUGAAUUUCAUCUGCU